AUGAAGAUCAAGGCUCUGCAAUGCAAUACUAACAGGUGCAAUGCGGCCCACAACCUCCUGGAUCACACCCUGGAAGCUGCAGGCUGCCAAGCUCUCCGCUCCACGUCCGGAGUCCAUGGCUCGAAUGGUCAAUCGAGCCCGGAGAGCAGCAUCGAGACCCCCCGCGACACCGUUGAAUCGAGCAGCUAUCUUUUCGAUAUGAGUCCAGGUAUUCAUGUGGCCACGACUUAUCUCAAAGGCAUUCAUGUUUCUCCGAUAGGUGAGGGCGACGAGCAACGGAUUCUCUUGUUUGGACGAGAAUCUGUUUCCGAAUGGAUCCGGCUGGUGCGUAAAAUAUAUGUGGACGGCACCUUCAGCCUAUCCCCUGGUCUCUUCUAUCAAAUUGUCGUGAUUCUGGUUGAGCGGGAUUGCUUCGUCCUACCGGUCUGUUAUGCUCUGUUACCUAACAAGACCGAAGAGACGUAUCGUCGCAUGAUUCGACUCCUCCGAGAUGCAUGGCCUGCUCUGAGGCCUCAAGCGAUAUCAACAGACUUCGAAAAGGGACUCAUCAAUGCGCUCAGUGAAGCCUUCCCUAUCGCCGAACUUCACGGUUGUUUCUUCCACCUAGUGAAGAACUUGAAGAAAAAGCUCAGUGAUCUGCACUUGAUGAGUCGGUACCAAAACGACGGGAAUUUCUCGCUGUCCGCUCGCACGAUCACCGGACUAGCCUUCGUCCCCCCCCAAGCCAUCGACCAUGUUAUCGCGGAAUUGGCGGUUUUCUUGCCCGAAGACUUGAUGCCGGUGCUGAAGUACUCUGAGGACACAUACGUAGGCUCGCUGCAGCAUCUUCUCCCUGACGGGAGCGUAAUCCGGCGAGAACCAAUGUUUCCGGUCGCCAUGUGGUCCGUUUAUGAACGUACUCUGAAUCAGGAUUCCCGAACAAACAACUAUGCCGAGGCGGCUCACAGACGGUUACAGACAGAAUUCGGAGUUGAUCAUCCGUCGUUGUGGAGGUUCGUCGAUGGCUUGAGGAAAAUUCAGCAUCAUCGCGAUAUCCUCCUGGCUCGAUACAUCAACGGCAACCGACCGACUGCGAAACGCACCAAAUAUCUCAAAAUUGAUGAGAGAUUGUUUGAACUCGUGAACACGUUCGAGUCUCGAACACCAGUUGAGUUUCUUCAGGGCGUAGCGAGCAAUUUUCUCAUGGAGGCUUAG